AUGGCCAAAAUUCAUCCUCAAGAACAAGAAUCUACAACAACCUCUGUGUCUUAUGAUCACUGUCUUAAUAAAAGAGAGAGAUAUACAGUAUGGAUGAAAUCACUUGUUCUUCACUCUAAUGGUUGCACUGUUUAUGAUUCAAAAGGUAACAUAGUUUAUAGAGUUGAUAACUAUGAUACAAAGGGUGGAAGAGAAGUGAAUCUGAUGAAUCUAAAAGGAAAUGUUGUCUGCACCCUCAAAAAAAGAUUACUAGCUUUUGGAUGUUGGGAAGGCUACAAAUAUCACAGCAGAAAUUCUAAUAGUAGAAGCCAAAUCGAGCAACCAUGGUUUCAAGUUAAAAGAUGUUUUACUAGGAAAACUGUCUGCGAGAUCACAGUUGGGUCGCAAAAAUUGUGCAUAGAAAGAAUGAGUAAUGGAAAAUCAUUUGGUUUUCAGAUAGUAAACAAAGACGGACAAAUCAUAGCAGAGGCAAAACAAAAACUAUCAUCCUCAGGAGUUGUUUUGAGUAAUGAUGUUCUAACGUUGGAUUUGGAAUCUGGAACAGAUCAUUCCCUUAUAACAGCUUUCAUUACAGUAUACGGAUUGAUAUGCGGAAAAAUGUAG